GUGGACAAACAACGUGACACGUAAUUUAUAUAUUAUAAUAAUUUAAUAUUUUUAUCAAAGGCUGUGAUUCAGGUUCAUCCUUUCAUUGAUUAAUUUUAUACCAAGAGAAAUACGUAUCUUUCAGGUGCAUCCAUUCAAAAAAACCAUAAAGAGUAUAGUUCUUAAUCGAACCCCUUCAUACAGAUAUCGUUGAUUGAUAAUAUACAUGUGUUAUCCCUCACAUUGUUCACCACUUAUAUAUGUAUUUAUCUUCAUCCUUGAUCUCUCAUCAUUAUUGAGAAGAAGGGGCAGCGAUCCCGACUAAUAAAGAGGGAGAAUACACUUGCUCUAUUUAUAAGUUACAAUCUCUCUUUCUUUCUUUCUCUUACUCUUCUUCUUCUUCUUCGUCUUCUUCUUCUUCGUUUUCGUCUUCGUCUUCUUCCUCCUCACCACGAUAAAUUUUGUGAUGUUAAAUUUAGUUUCGAUGUAGACGAAGUUGAGCUUAGCAUAUGAGACUGAGUUUCAUCUAUAUUCAAUGUGCCGAAUAAUUUGAAAAUUUUCAACCGAUAUAAAAUACUUUCGUCAAAAGUUCUAGACCAGUUAUUUUAUUCGUUAUUUCAUUCUUUGUUUGUUUUUUUUUUUUUCAUACUCUAAAAAGUUUCUAAAUACUUGUAGAGAAGUUUCUUUUUUUCAAUAUUAUUUUCUCGUGUUUUAUGUGACAUACAUUUAUGCAUGAUUAUUCAGUUCAAGAGUUUAGAUUAUACGUUUCAAUAAUGUGGUGCAAUCAUGAUAUUUCAAAAGAAGAUGUUAUUUUUCUAAAAAAUGGAUAAUACGUGGAAUAAUUAUUCUAAAGAAUUUAAGAAUUUAAUUGCUACCAUGGAAGAAGAUAAUAAACUACAUAGAAAAGAUUCACAGUCGGAUUCGUCAGAUGCUGCUUCAACUAUAAAACACUGGGAUAGUCAAUGGACACCUUCAGAAGGAUAUGAUUCUUCUGAAACGUCUAAUUCAGGUUGUGGUGAGGAUUAUACUGAAGAUUAUCAACACAGAAUAGCAAUUGAUCCUUCUAGAUUUGUUGAAGAUUGUCAUAGUGGUUGUAGGUCUCAAACUUGUCUUUGUCAGGUAUUAUUUGGAAGAAUAUAUUUUAUGAUAUUGUUGUGUUCGUAUCUGAUAUCAACAUUUCAUUUUCACAAAUUAACGUGUACUUGUAAUAUCACACUUCAGGGUUGUCUAUUCGAAUACAAUAGGAUGAUAAAUCUUCAAGGGAGUGUGUCCAAUAUUUGUGGAACACCAAUAACUAAAACUAAUCCAAAUCAUUUAUCAACGAUUCCAUCAUUGUAUAGUACACCAUGUCCAAGUAUCCAGAGUGAGCUGCCACGUCAUUAUAACAAGGAUCAUCUUCCUUUAAAUUGCAAUUGUCAUGCAAUGUAUCCUUGUCAUAUGCAACAAAUUUCAUUGCCUUUGAAGGAAUGUCAUUUACAUUCCAGUGACAAAACAAAUAGCACUACUUCUCUUUCUGGAAAUUCAGUAGGUCGUUCUGGUGCUGGUUCAUUGGAUAGAAGAAGACGAAGAUUUAAAAGUAAAACUGAUCAUAAUCAGAGGACUAAAUCCCAUAGUGAUUUAAUAUGCUGCCCUAAAGAUAGACCACAUUACUGUUCUUUACAGCAAUUUCAAUGUGGCAAUAAUCCACACAUGUAUAACUACUAUAAUAAAACUGAGGAACGUCUUCAAAAAUUAGAAAAUGAACGUGGUGCACUUCACAUGGAGGUAUCAGUUCUAUCAGAGCAAGUCGAUGCACAAUCUAGCAAAAUUCAAGAAUUGGAAAAUAUGCUUAAAGAAAAAAAGCAUUCUCUCAGACAAAUGGAAGAAGCUUUGCAAGAGGAAGUGUUAUCAAGAAGUGCAUUGGAGACAGAAAAACUCGAGCUUCUUAGUUCUCUUUCCGAACUGAAACUCAAACAGGCUAGCUUAGAAUAUGAAAAUUUAACAUUAAGAAAAACAAGUUCAUCAUUAUCCAAUGGGGAGAGAUUCAGUAGACAUGCCGGUCAAUAUAGCAGUCUUCCAAGGCCACCAACAUCUUCAAAGAAAGGAGUAGCGUUUGGUAAGGUUUCCAAUUUAAUCUCUGGGGAGCACACAACAGUACCAUUGGCUGUUAGAGGAAUUUCUGCGAGAUGUCUAUCAGCUCCUAUUCUAGCGGAAGAAGAAAAAACGGUAAUUGGAGAGUCAAGUUUUCAACCAGAAUCAACACCAACAAAGCCCCUUGCAGAAUUGUCUAUACAAGAAGUUGGUGAUUGGUUAUCCCGUAUUGGUCUGGAAUGUUAUACAGCAGAAUUAAAACGAUGGGGUGCUACCGGUGUAAAAUUAGUUGAUGCAACACCAAAUCAAAUUGAAAAGGAACUUGAUAUCAAAAAUGUAUUACACAGAAAGAAAUUAUUAUAUGCAAUUGAAUCUGAGAGAUCUAAUGCAGAGGGUUUUCUUGGUUCGGAGAAGAUGGACAGUGCUGCGGUAUUACGAUGGUUAGAUGAUAUUGGAUUACCCCAACAUAAAGAAGCUUUUCAUAAUGCCAAAGUUGAUGGUAGAGUAUUACAUAGAUUAACAACAGAAGACUUAUUGAAUCUCGGAGUGACAGCUCAGUUACAUGCAGCUAGUUUACGACGAGGAAUUCAGAUUUUGAGGGAAUUGAAUUUUGAAUUUGAUAAUUUGGAGAGAAGAGCAGCAAGUGGGAACGGUGCAGAUGGAAGUAACGUUACAUUAUGGACUAAUCACAGAGUAAUGGAUUGGUUAAGAGUAGUUGACCUAGCAGAAUAUGCACCCAAUAUGAGAGGCUCAGGAGUGCAUGGUGGAUUAAUGAUCCAUGAAGGUCGUUUCACAUCAGAGUUGUUAGCAACCAUAUUAAGCAUUCCACCUUCAAAAACUUUAUUAAGAAGGCAUCUGACAACUCACUUUAAUCAAAUUCUUGGUAGAGAAGUUGUGCAGCAUAAAAGAGAGAUGGAAAGUACACUUGGAUUCGUACCUCUAACUCUUACGGCUAGAUUGAAGGCACCAAAGAAGUCUCAGUUCACGUUGAAACGUAAAAAGAGUAAAAACGAAGUGGAUUAUGGAAAUCUGGUUUGUCCUUUGGAAACAUCACCACCAGAUCUAGAGGAUACUGGACAAAAGAAAGUAAUUGGUUGUAUAUGAGGAGAAAAUUAACGUAACAUUUAUUUUCUACAAUGAAUAUUAUAUUAUAGGCAAUUAUUUCAUUUUUAUACCAAAAAAAAAAAAAAAAGAAAAUUUGUGCUUUUAUUAAAAUUUGACUUACAGACAAUUUAUUAGCAAAGAGAAUGGUGAUAUAAAAAAAACAAAAAACAUAAAAUAAUGUAAAUCACGGAUAAACAAACGGGGACCAUUUUUUUUUUGUUUUUAACGAAACGAACGUAUAUUAACAAUUUUUCUAAUCAAAAUAAAAUAACAGGACAGUAUAAUAGGUGCCUUGCUAUGUAUAACGUGUUUAGAUUAUGUCAUGUAUUUUUCAAUACAGAUUUGUAAUAACCUUAUCAAAAUAUUAAUAAUAAUAAUAAUAAUUGUUCAAUA